AUGUCGGUACUAAAGGAUCAACCAAAGGUAUCAGGACUAGUUGACGAGAAGAAUGGUAUCGAACGCGUGGAACUUGAAGAUAUUACCAUUCAGGAUGAUCCACAGAAAUGGUCAAGAACAAAGAAAACCCUUAUUCUAGCAACAAUAUCUGCCGCCGGAAUGCUACUCAUACUAGCAAAUGCGAUACUUUAUCCCUCGUUGCCAGCAAUAAAGAAUGCAUUCGACACAACAGAUACGGUGGCGAAUUCUCUAAUCGGGGUGUACAUUCUGAGUAUGGGAAUAUGCCCACUCGGUUGGGCUGCAUACUCGGACAAGCGUGGAACAAGACGCAAUGUUUAUCUCUUGUCAUCUGCAAUAUUUGUUGUUGCAUCGGCAGUCUGCGCUCUGUCACCCAACAUCUGGCUGCUGAUCAUUAUGAGAGCAUUGCAAGCAGGUGGGGCAUCCGCAGUACAGAGUGUUGGGGCUGGAACACUAAGCGACUUGUACAGAGUUGAAGAUCGUGGAACAGCGUAUGGAAUUCAAUUCGCAGGAGUAUUACUUGCUCCACUGACGGGACCAGUCAUUGGCGGUUACAUUGGCGAAUACUUGGGAUGGAGGUGGACUUUUUGGUUUGUCACCAUUAUCGGAACGCUCUUGUUUGGAGUAAUGUUUUUCUUACCAGAAACGUAUAGAAAGCCAAAUGAAUCAGAAGGGUGCAAAAUAGGCAGCGAGGAAAAAGAGGAAGAGAGAUUACCUGUGACAUGCAACGAUGUGAUCACUUAUGAACUAGAAAAGCAAGAUGACCUGAAUGAGACAAGAAAAAAUGACGAUCAAAUUCAUAUUGACAUCCCUCUUGCUAUAUCUAAAGCGUCCACGAAUCCAUCAUCUCCAAUCUCUCCUACUGCGACUCUUGUCUCUUCAGCCCCAACAUCUCCCACUACCAUCGUUCCCUCAGUUCCGACAUCUACUACUGACCUUUCACCCUCGACUUUUACAUUUCCUACAACUCUUCCGACUUGCUCAUCUCCAACAUUCUCUUCUCCGCCGGAAAAAAAGCAUUAUCGCCUAUCCUCUUUGUUUCUCUUCCUAUCACCUCUCCGCCUCCUCCGUUAUCCCAAUGUCACAUUCGUGGUCGCAUGCACCUCUGCCUUGUUUUCCGCGGGAUACACGCAAGACACACUGAUAUCGACUACGUUCCAAAUUGACCAUUAUUCUUUGUCACCUUCCACAUCAGGAUAUGUAUUUUUAUGUAGCGGGUUUGGAUACAUGAUAGGAAGCGUGUUUGGCGGAAAGUAUGCGGACAUGAUGCUUGCAAAGCAGGCGAAGAAGAACAACGGAGUGCAAUAUGCGGAAAUGAGAUUGAAAAGCGUGUGGUUGGGAGCCAUCCUAUUUCCAAUAUCCAUUAGCGCUUAUGGCUGGUGUGUAGAGAAAAGUGUGUUCAUUGCAUGGCCACUGCUUGCCAUGUUUUUCGAUGGCAUAGGCGUGUUUCUAAUCACUUCAAGUAUGGUGUCUUACCUAAUUGAUGCGUUUCCUGGGCUAUCAGCAUCAGUCAUGUCGGUAAACAUUUGUAUGCGGUACCUCGCCGCUUCUGUAAUGUCUAUCAUUGCUGCUCCAAUAAAAGAUGUAAUUGGCAAUGGGUGGCUAUUUACAAUAAUGGGUGGUCUUGCGAUUGUAGGAGUUUGUCUGCUGACGAUUAUAUAUUUUAAGGGCAGAGAGUGGAGAGAGAAAAUUAACAUGAGGGAAAACGUGAAACAGAAUGAAAGUAAAACUUGA